GGGCGGCCGCCCGGCACUACCUGCUGCCGCGCUUCUCAUCCUCGGUGGCCGCGGUCGGAGGACGGGCGGCGGAGUUCCCGCAGCGCCGGAAAGUUCUGUUCUGUAGGGUAAAAAUGAAUGUCGGAGUUGCCCACAGCGAGGUGAAUCCAAACACGCGGGUGAUGAGCAGCCGUGGGAUGUGGCUGACGUACACGCUUGGAAUCGGCCUGCUUCACAUCGUCCUGCUCAGCAUUCCUUUCUUUAGUGUCCCUGUCGCAUGGACUUUAACAAAUGUGAUUCACAACCUGGGAACGUAUGUCUUCUUGCAUGCAGUAAAGGGGACUCCUUUUGAAACACCUGAUCAGGGGAAAGCGAGGCUCCUGACACACUGGGAACAACUGGAUUAUGGAGUACAAUUUACAUCUUCAAGAAAAUUCUUCACAAUCUCUCCUAUAAUUCUGUACUUCCUGGCGAGUUUCUACACAAAGUAUGAUCCGACACACUUUAUCUUCAACACCACCUCUCUUCUGACAGUGCUUAUCCCCAAGCUGCCACAAUUGCACGGUGUUCGAAUCUUUGGCAUCAAUAAAUACUAGACAGAAGGUGUGAUGCUGACUGAUCCUGACACAGACUCCACUUCUUGGGCAAAGGAAACGAAUAAUCUGCUGUUAUCUAAUUGUAUUCAAUGAGAGAUGCAUUUACAUCUGAGAUACAAUUACUACUUCCUUGCAGCACUGUCUGGGGCGAAAGUUGAGUUUCUAAGAUGCCUUCAAAUACCGAAAUGUGGAUAGGAAACUUAUAGAUGGAAGAUUUCCUGAAGUUGAAGGCAGGCCCAGCUCUAUGGUGUGAUCAGCACUACAAGCAGAUGUAGGUCUGGCUGAGGCAGGUAAGGGAGGUGUGAAUAACUGCUGAAAUGGGGAGCGAUGUUUCACCAGCGCCAGGCAGCCGUGACGCAAAUGGUAACUUACUGUAUAAAUCCAGCAGCCUCCAUUCAAAGGACUGGCAACACUUUGUAGAUAGGUGAAAGUAGCUGGUUCCUGCUCUGUGGAUUGUGAACGGGUGUGUUUGUUGCUGCAUUAUGCAAGAUUGUCUCAGUAAAUACCGUGACAGUUGGUAAAAAGGGAUGGUAUGAUUCAUGCCUUAUCUGUCCUUGUCAUUUUUGUCACAGAGACUGGAGAAAGUCCAUAACUGUCGGCUCAGGGAUUGCUACGUGCACUCGAUAGCUCAGUUUAGGUAUGCUUUUGCAAGCUGCCACUGUUGUGUUUAUUUCAGUUUGCUAACAGAACAUUGACUUUUCUAUCUGUAAUUGGGACUUGCUGAGCCCUGCACCAAGGAGAAGCAGCUACACCAUAGAACAAGUGAGAGGAAUAAGAGAAAUUCUGCACAGAUAAUAGGUCAGAACAGAAGCGGUGCGAGCAGCAGGUGAAGAGACAGAUGACACGGCCGGACCGCGUACAGCUUGCAAAAAAACACAGGAAGGACUUGUACGGAGACCUGCGGGAACGGCAGCGGUGCGUGACCCACGUGAGCUGCCCUGGCGGCGGACGGGAGGAGGUGCAGAGCUCCUGUGCCUGCCUGCCUGCCUGCCUGCCCCACGGCUGCCGGACACGGGCAGCUCGGAGCUGGCGGAAGGCUCGCUUUGUCUGCUGGUUGCUGGGAGGGGAGAGAAGGAAAAAAUGUUUGUUUUCCUGCCGGGAUAAUUUACCAACGUGUGAUGAAGAUGCUGUUCAAAAAGCGCGACUUUUCUGAUUUAUUGGAAGUAAAUAACUCCUUCUUUGUGCAA